CACGAGGUCCUCAUCUUCAAAACAAACAAAAUGGCGGCACACAUGAGAUGGGGACUUCUGCAGUUGUUACGGAGAAGAAAUACGUCUAACUUUAGGUGUCCAGUCAAGACCAGAAGCUCAUACCGAUCACAGUGCUCGACCCAGGUCUUCAGUAAAGUCCAACCUCUGUCCGGGACAACCAUUCACUCCUCAAUAAGACUGCUGUCCAUCCAGACUCAAGACACUCCGAACCCCAGAAGCUUGAAGUUUCUCCCCGGUAAACCUGUCCUCGAAAGUGGGACGCUUGACUUUCCCACUCCGAGCUCAGCUGGAUGUUCAUCUUUAGCCAGGGACCUGUUCGAAAUUGAAGGAGUAAAAAGUGUGUUCUAUGGCCCUGACUUCAUCACAGUCACUAAAACAGAUGAGGAUGUGGAAUGGACAGACAUUAAGCGACAUGCUUUGGAGGCCAUUGCUAAUUUCUACGAGAGUGGUGACCCGAUAACAACGGGGGCGGUGCACCAUGAAAGCAGUAUUUCUGAAGAUGAUGAUGAUAUAGUGUCUAUGAUAAAAGAGCUUCUGGACACCAGAAUCAGACCUACAGUGCAGGAGGAUGGAGGCGAUGUCAUCUUUAAGGGCUUUGAGGCAGGCACAGUCAAGCUGAAGCUGGUUGGUUCCUGCACAGGGUGUCCCAGUUCUUCAGUUACCCUUAAGAACGGCAUUCAGAACAUGUUGCAGUUUUAUGUCCCAGAAGUAGACAACGUGGAACAGGUGGAAGAUGAAGUGGAUGAAAUUAAUGCAAAGGUUUUCUCAGAGCUGGAACGCAAAUUACAAGAAUGAAAACAUCCUUGAAGACACAUUUAUUCCACUGGAUAAAAACACAGCCAUACAUAAUUUCCAUUGUACAAUCCUAAAAAAGAAAAGAGACACCUGCCAUAUUGUGUGCAUACUAUACUGAGUUCACCCUGUAAUGUGUACAUACUGUAUGCCACUGUUACCAAGAAAAGGAGAUACAGUAAUAUACCUGUAGUAAAAGAAUAUAGUCAUUCUUCUAGCCAGUCAAAAUGUUCUGCUGUUAUGACUGCAAAUGUGAUGUAUUUAUUUCUUUUUAAAAAAAGAUAUAUAUUUUUGAAAGAAUAUUUUCAUGGUAUGGAAAUAUUGUGUUGGUUUUUGACAUGGGCUAUUGCCAUGCAGAAUGAAGAUUUGAUGAGGUAUUUCAGUUUUUGCUGCCAUAUAAUUAAUUAAACAUAACUGAACCAGUUUCCUUGUUAAUGCAUCAUCUAGACAUUUUAAUAAAAUGUUAUUUAGGCUUUACAUAUUUAUCAAGCAGGAGUUUGCUGUGUAACUGCCUACAAAACCUGUAUGAUAUAUAUGUGCUCCAUUCAUCAGAUUUACUGUCACUGUUUCAAACAAAGUUCACAUUUUGAAAGCAAUUA